AUGUCUGACGAAGAGCUUGACCGCGAAUGGCAGCCCAGCAGUGUCAGACCGCAAUCCACAAUGGCGCGCUCCUUCUCCCUUGCCCUAAAUGAUCUCUUUAAAAUCGACAACAGCCUAGCAGAUCUCGAUGCCGCCGUCUAUGAGAACCUUACCAGGAAGAAAGCAGUAAGCACGCAAACCACCGAACUCGAAGCCCUCGAAGCGCGCCUGAAAGCUACCGAAGAGCGACUCAAAGCCCGCGGCGCGUCUCCCCUCCCCAAUGAGAAAGUCCCCUCGGGACGAUCGAGCCCUCGACAACGCGCCCCGCUCGCCGCAGACACGUUUACAGAUACCAAGCCCGAAGACAGAGCGCCGACUAGUCCACUCUCUUCACAACCGCCAGCUACGGGAAGCAGACCCCAGACGGCGAAUAGGCCAAAGACGGGGAACAGGGGUGACAGUGGUGCCCUGCCGCCCAUGCCAGGGGCUUUACCACCUACACCUGGUGCUAGCGAAGGUGAAUUAUCCAGCUCCGAAUCCGAAUAUGUGCUUGUCAAAGGCCGUACUGACCAUUCUGGGGUCCAAGAUGGCGAUGAUGCUGCUCAGCAAUGA